AUGCUCAAUCUCUUCGUCGGUUUCGAACAAUCGAAUCGAUACGUCAUAACAAAUGAAGAAGGCGUCACACUGGGAUACAUUGCUGAGGAACAGCGGGGUUUCCUUGGCACGUUCGGACGACAAAUUUUGCGAACGCAUAGACCCUUUCGUGCCCUUGUCAUGGAUAGUAUGGGCACACCUAUACUAUGGCUUCGGCGUCCCUUUGCGUUUAUAAAUUCCAGAAUGUUUGUGCAGCGCCUCAAGGACUUAAGCGAAUAUACACGCGACGGGGAACCCGUGCUUGACACAUUUGGAGAGGUACAACAAAGGUGGCAUCUCUGGCGCAGGCGUUACGAUACCUUCUUAAGAAAAGAUUCUCGUCGUAUCUUGACACUAGCUACUGACCCGCAACCGGAGCCGGAAACAGAACUUUUCCAUCAAUUUGCGCGAGUAGACGAAGGUUUCUUGGCCUGGCGUUUUGUGCUUAGAGAUGCUAGAGGCGAAGCUAUGGCUAGUAUUAGCCGGAUGUUCAGGGGCUUUGGUCGUGAGCUAUUCACCGAUACUGGCCAAUAUUUCGUGCGAUUCGGACAUGAUUCUUCCGAUCCUCAAGAGACAAUCUCAAAAGCUCCUUCAAUAAUUCGUGAUCUUUCCUUAGAGGAACGCGCUCUUGUGUUGGCCAUGUCCGUCAACAUUGAUUUUGACUAUUUCUCCCGGCACUCAGAGGGAUCUGGGCCCGGAUUAGGUUUUUGGUGGUUUUCCAGCGGGGAGUGA